GCGCGCCGCAGCUCCCGGCUUGUCCCGUACGGAACUAUUAGGGAGCGGAGUCCGGACGUUGCGGAUUCCGGCGAGCAUGACCGACAAUGCAGCGGCUGGUGCCAGCAUGCAGAAGGGGCCCUCAUGCCCUUGUUGAAGAAGCAACUUCAGCAGGGGUCCAAGGAAAUAAGUCGGGGCGGCAGAAGUCCACACUAACACGCAGGAGCAGCUCCGUGGUGAGCAGGCUCAACAGGAGGAUGUUCUUCGAUCUCAACCUUCCCAACGACGGCAAGAAUGAGCUGCUGCGGAGGGCGAUGGUGGCACAGGCUAUCUGUUCCGGUUAUGACGGUGUGGCACACAAUCACACUGUUGCUGGGCGAAUGAUGACGAGUGAUGACACAUGCAAGUCGCAGCCUGUCAAGCUGGAGUCUGCAAUUGCCGCAGCUGCCGGUGUGGCGGGUGCUGCCAGAAGCUUGCAGAGCAUCGGAGCAGACCGCUCCGGCCCUGGGUUCCAGCAGCUGAAUAGAAUCACUAUGGUCAUUGAAGAUGCUUCGCAAGCAAGCUCUCUGAGCAGCGCCAACCCAGUGCUGGCAAGUUACGAUAUUGUUGCGGUGGAACCGACGAACGCCCGCACAUUCAUGCAAGCGUGCACGUCGCUAGAGGUCGACCUCAUUGCACUCAGUCUGGGCUCGAGGCGCUCCUUCCGCUUCCGCCAGCAGGAUGUCCGAGCGGCUCUCGAUAGGGGUCUCCACUUCGAGAUAUCCUACAGCGGCCUCUUCCAAGACGGUCAGAGUCGGCGGCAGCUGCUGACUAAUGCACAGGCGCUUGUAAAGAUGACACGUGGCAAGAACAUCAUCCUCUCGAGCGGGGCAUCCCAGACGACAGACCUUCGCAACCCAUACGACGUGCGCAACCUCGCAACCCUUCUCGGGCUCAAUUUCGCUCACGCAAAAGCUGCCACAUCACAAAGAGCCACCGCCGUCAUCUUGAGAGGCGAGACUCGGCGCAGCACGCUGCGAGGGGCAGUGGCCGUACAGACCCUUCCAACGCCGCCGAGUCGGCCUUCUGCAAACGCUGAGCGUCAGGAGACGGGGGGAGCAAGGCCGGUUGAUGAGGGUCUGAGCACGAGCGAAGUGGGAGUCUCUGCGAUGGAGAUUGAGCAGGCUACCGGAGAGUUGACGCGACUUGCAAACGAAACAUCAGGAGGGCAGGAAGGAGACGAGCACAACGGUAGAGCCCACAGUGGGCUGCCAAGCGCACUCUUAGGGCAAAGUUCGCAAGCGAGCCCGUCAGCUUUUAGCACCCAAGCAACGCUUUCCGUUGCCUCAGGAGAAGUGGACGGUGAAUGGACCACAGUGCAAGGCCGCAGUAAAGCUGGGAGAGCAAGCGCCUCAAAGCAGCGACGGAAACAGAGAAAUAGGUUCAUGAAGAUUCAGUUGUAAAUGCACGAAUCAAGUGCAUCAUGGUGCCCUGAUACAUCUGAUCGACUGAUUUCGUAUAUUGGUCGUGGCUCAGUGAACGUGCUGCCGUUCUCCUCAAUCCAGC